AUGGCGGGCCAAGACCAGCGCGCGGUGCUGAUCCGCAAGUUCGACCAGGCGCACUACCUGGACUAUCUAGAGGUGGGGAGGCGCCCCAAGCCGCAGCCCAAGGAUGGCGAGGUGCUCAUCCGCAUGCUGGCCCGCCCCAUCGAUCCGGCAGACGUUCUGUCUCUCAAGGGCAUCUAUCCUGGCUUUCGCCCGAGCGAGCUUCCGGCGGUACCGGGCCUGGAGGGCAUGGGCAAGGUCGAGGAGGUGGGUCAUCACGUCACCGCCCUCGAGGUUGGAGACCGGGUGGUGCCCCUUCUAGCGUCCGACUACGCCAAGCACGGCAACGGAUCCUGGCAGGAGUUCAUCGCGGUCAAGGCGAGUGACGUCGUGGUGAUGCCGGACAGCAUCACGGACGGCGAGGCGGCGCAGUUCUUCGUCAACCCGUGGACGUGCCUCGGCCUCUACCGCUCCAUCAACCCCAGCGCCGGCGACUGGGUCAUCCAAACCGCGGCCACGUCGGUGCUCGGCAGGCAGUUCAUCCAGCUGUGCAAGCACAAGGGCGUCAAGGUCUGCGAGGGAGUGGGUUAUUCAAACGGCAGCAACGUGGUGCUCGGGCGGCAAUUGAUCCGGCUGCCCAAGCACAAGGGCGUCAAGACGGUGAACCUGGUGCGGCGGCCCGAGGCGGCCAAGGAGCUGCUGGACCUGGGCGCUGAUGUGGUGCUCUCACAGGACGACCCGUGCCUGGCCGACAAGAUCCGGAACGCGACCGGGCCAUCGCUGGCGGUCGGGGCGAUCGACCCGGUCGCGGGCAAGCUUACCAAGCCCCUGACGGAGUGCGUCCGCGAGGACGCGUGCGUGUAUUUGUACGCGUUCCUGGGCGGCGCGGACGCGAUCGUGAACACGAUGGACCUGCUGUUCAAGCACGUGAAAGUCACCGGCUACUGGGUCUCGCGCGACUUCCACCUCAUGUCGCGCGAGGAGCGCCAGAAGGAAGCCGCCACGGUGAUCGACCUGAUCCAGCAGAAGGUGAUCAGCACCUCGGAGGGCCCGCACUUCGACCUGGCUGACGUCAGGGAGGCCGUCAUCAAGGCGCAGGAGCCGACGUCCAAGCGCGGCGGCGGGAAGGUCAUGCUCGUCGGCUGA